UCGCAACCAGGUUUGGAUGGACGGCAAAAAAAUACGUCUCUGUUUUCUUAUUUUAACCGCAUUUGGCUGAUCCCCAAUUUAAAGGGGUGACUGAAUCGCUUUUCCAAAACCGACUGCUAACUGCUGACGUCCAAAAUGCCGCGGGUUGGGGUGUGGAUCACGGAGAAAAAGUACAAAAAGCUGAACUUCCACCAUUUUGAAGAAGUGUGCAGGGAUGCCAAUAUUGAAGUUGUCACGAUUGACUUGGAGAAAUCUUUAGAAGACCAAGGUCCCUUCGACAUCAUCAUCCACAAGAUCUCUGAUGUGAUGGUCAAGGCGGAGUUUGGCAAUCAUAAUGCACAAAACCUCUUCCACACAUUUCAGAAUUACAUUAUGAACCAUCCAGAAAUCGUUGUAAUCGACCCAGUUGAAAAUAUAAGAAAAUUAAUGGACAGAGGCAAUCAGUACAGAAUAGUCCAGGAAUGUCAGUUUGGACAAGGAACGAUAUACACCCCACCAUUUGUAGAGCUACACACAAAGGAUGUCGAAACGAAUAAACGGUUAUUAGAAGAAGGCGGUGUAGGCUACCCUUUGGUGUGUAAACCUGCUUUAGCACCCAAGACCUUUGCUGAGUGCAUGGAGAUGGCAAUCAUAUUUAGUGAAAAAGGUUUACAAGACAUCUCCCCGCCCUGUGUCGCCCAAACGUUUAUCAACCAUGGUGCAGUUUUGUAUAAAGUGUUUGUGAUUGGUGAUUACCACUUUGUCGUUGAGAGGCCAUCACUCAAAAACUUCCAUCCAGGGGACCACGAGACCAUAUUUUUUGAUAGCCAUAACGUUUCAAAACCUCACUCGUCAAGUUUUCUAAACAGGAAUCACGAUGGCGAACAGGUGUCACUCCGUCCAAUGGUGCCGGUGAGAGGUGGAAUGCCGUCCAUCCUAAACCACAAUUUGGAUCUUACAGAUCGCAAUAACAGUCCAGUUAAACCUAGCUACACAUUACUUGAGAGCCUCGCACAGAACCUUAAGGAGAAAUUUGGAUUAGAACUGUUCGGCAUUGAUGUCAUCAUUUCCGCCGAAACAAAACAAUAUGCUGUGAUAGAUGUUAACAAUUUUCCAGGUUAUGACGGAAUUCCUAACUUCUUCCCCGUGCUCCUGGCACACGUUCAAGACGUUCUCAAACGCAAACCAAAGUCUCAGCCGGAGGAAUGUGCUUCUAAAAUGUCAUUAUUCAAUGCCGCAAACCAUAAGAUAGAGGACCAUAUGACGUGUUUUAAAAAUGAGGAAAACCAGAAUAGUAUAGCAGCGUCUUUUAAUUGAGUAAAGUGUAUAAAACUGUGGGCAGCUUAUCCACAAUAUUUCUGCUGUUUUUUUAUCAUCCUGACGCAGACACACACACACUAGGAAAAUUUCUUACCGCGGUAAUGGUGAUGGAGGUGACAGUGUUGACCCUUUAAAGUGAUGUUAUAAUGAAUAUAAGAAAAUUCUUGGAUGUGAUAAUGCCUUGGAACAACUCGUAGUGACUUGGUUAUCACCUUGGAUGCCCAACUGUUCCGUUCCCAAUGAAGUAGGUUUACGUCGUCGAACGGGGCUCCCAUCGACAUCGAUGAUAAUGAGGCGAUGAGACCUUGUUGAACGGCGUAGAUCUGCUUCAUUUGUCACGGAACGGUUGAGCGUGUUUAUGUCCCAAGCAACAUGGACAUGUUGGCCACUUCAACGUAAGAUGUUCCGCGGCGUUGUUGCUACCCGAGAACUCUUGGGGGAAUUUUUUUUAGAGCGGUAAGAAAGGAAAGGCAAAAUGUGGGCUCUUCGGGGAAUAUCUAAUAAAAAACCUCGAGGUAUAAAGCAGAUAUUUUCAGGGCAUUUGUUGAAUUCUAUGCAGUCUUCCCAAUCGAUGAAUUUAGAAAUGGGUGUGGCCACUGAAGCAAUUCUUACUCAUCUGUUAUCUAUUCAGCUGUUAGAAACACAGAGCCAAAUGCAAGUAGCUUAUUACACAAAAUUAUAAUCUCACUGAUAUCAAAUGGUUCAUGAAUAGGACUAUUAUAGGUCAAGCUGAAAAAUGUACACUAAAGCUGUUAUAAAAGUUGUCCAUUCUCAACUCCAGUUGUCCAUUCUAAACUCCAGUUGUCCAUUCUUAACUCCAGUUGUCCAGGGUAGCUGUGACUGAGGGUUUGUUCAAGUACCUUAUGACACCAAAUCUAUCACACGGAUAUCAAGUAGUAUCAGACCCUGGGCCAACCUGAAGCAUCUACAGAUGGGCUGUUCUCAGUUGCAGUUGACUGUUGACAACUAUGAUGAAGAGGUAGUCAGCACUGCCUUUUAAGGCGGUGAUGGAAAAAAUGCAAAGUCACAUCAAUGCAAUGUAUUUGACACUGCCUCAUUUGUAGUGAUAAGCUUUUUGCUAUAAUGUUGCUUGCUCUAAAACUGUAGGCCCCUACCAACUUGGGUGAGGAUUCUGUAUCGGAUCAAGACUUGCAGGCUGCAAAGAUUGACAUUUGGUGGGAACAGAGCCGAUACGCCCUUGGCACACAUACAUUUAUGGGACCAAAUAAUCUUUCGAGAGUCUAUAUUUCACACACCAAGUUAUAUUCUCUGAGUGAUUGGGUUUUAGUCUGAGGUUGAUAUCAAUCUCCACUUUCUAAGUGCAAUGUGAAAAUUAUGCAACGCGGUAAUAAUUGCAUGAAUUUCUAAGACAUCGAGGUAUAAGCUAGUUCCACUUUGGGAGUUCUGUCGCACGUAUUUUUCAACCCCAAUCUUGAGGUUGGUGUUUGAUUUUAUAAGUUACCACCAGUUUCGAAAUGACAGGUAUUGAUGAUGGAUGAAUGUGGUAUAGUCAAGUUUACCUCAACCCCUCUAAACUAUAUCAUGGUGCUUUCAAUCAUUUGAGUGAUUAAAUGGUCAUUUAUCCCAAAUUAGUCAUUUGAGCAAAGACUCGCAAUGUGGGAUAUGAUCGCCUUUAUGUGGAAAUUGCUCUUGCUACGUCAAUUCAUGAAUACAUUGUAUCAACAAUCGCGCCAAUUCACCCAGAUUUGAGAGAAAGUUUUCAGUGCAAUCAGAAUACAGCAUUUAGUUCAACAGUUACUGCAACAGAAAACCAUUCAAGACCUGCUUAAAAAUCCAAGAAUAUUACAAAUCAGUUAAAAACCACACUACAGGCUGAUUAUAAAGGUUUCCGUAUCACCCCGGAGAAUCAGCUUUCCAACUUGCCAAGAAUCAUGUUCAUUUAGGCUUGCAUACCAACUUACCGAGGUGGACUAAUUAGGAAAAUGCCGGGAGUGGAAGAAUAGUUUAGGGCAGGCUGGCUCAGUUAGUUUGAAAGCCUAUCUGAUUCUCAGCAGGUUGAGAAAUUGAUUCGCCAUUCUGCAUGAGUACUGAUUCCGCUUAUCAUCUGUAUGAUGUGUGAGAUGCAACAAAAUGACCACCGGACCAAAUUCCCAGGAGCUGCCCUCUUUUGUUCAUUCUUGAAUCUUGAUCAUCUGAUGAUGUAAUUAUUGCAUUUUAAAUAUAAAUAAAUAUGCCUUACAAGGUUGCACAUAAAAUGUAUAGAGAUGAUUUAUUAUUAUGUAUAUAUAAUUGUAGUAUAGCUGUGAAGCAUUUACACAUGCUGCUGUAGAUUAGUUACUUUUGAUAAUGCCUUGAUAGAUUAUGUAUUUGGGAAGUUAUCUCAUGCAAGCAUUGUUGGUAUGUUGAUACAUCUCUUUCUGUUUAUUUACUUACAUUUCAAAUUGUUUAUCUUUCUUAUUCACCUCUGUAAUAACCAAAUGGUGUUAAUACAGAAUAAAUUGAAUUGGUUGCAGUAUUCUAUACUGAUUAUGAUCUAAUGGGAUGAAAUGAUAAUAAUAAAGGCUAUCUCAUUUGGUCAGGAGCAAUCGUGACUCAACAUAUAGCACUGCCAUCUAGCGUCUCGAAUACUACUUAACCUGUUCUUUUCGUAUGGCUGUUCAAACAAAUGCCAAGUUUACCAGUUACUCCAAGGCACUGAAGAUAAAAUUCCAAAUUUCCAAAAUGCAUAAUUGGGCAUUAUUCGAGAGGUUUUAAAAUUCUGAAAAAAAUCAAGUACCAGGUAAUCACGAGAUCUGGUCUGGAACAUGUCGACAGUCUUAACUGUUAUCCCCAUUGUGCUCAUGGAUAGAUAUGUCCAUGAAAACUGCUUUAUCUGGUGGUUUUCUCGCAUAAAAUAAUAACUUUAAUGCGUUCCUCUAAUGCAUAACUGCAACAGACAUAUUUGACCUUCAAAGGUCAUUGGGUUCCAAGUAAUGGUUGCAUAAGAUAACUCGAGUGUACAUAAAAUGAUUCUAAGUAAGGCACUAGCGCAAAAAAACCCAAGAACAUACAGAAUCUUAUAUUCUUACAAGACAGUCUGUGGUAUUUUUCUUUGUUAAAUAAUGAACCUGUAUCUUUAAAUAGUUUAUAUUUUUAUUGAUCUCGACCAAGUAACAAUUUGAUACGAAAUUGGUUGAGGCCAUCUCUUUUAAAUUCAUACUCAUUGCUGUUGUUUUGUUUACAAAGGGAUCCAGUCUCUACAGGUGAAUCCUUAAUCCUCUGACUUUAGAUUUGUAUUGAAUUUGUACUGGCGAUAAUGGUAUAAUUAGAAAUGACAUUGUGAUUCAUUAGUACAGUAUCUGACGGCGUCAUUGUAGUCACCCCAGAGAAUUGAAGUCCUAAACUUUGAGCAUGAUGUGGUUCUGAGCUUUUCGUGGUCGUGACUUCCAUGGCGUGAAGUGCAAUAGAACCUCUCUAUCAAGGACGCCCUUGGGACUGACAAGUGUUAUCCUUAAUAGAGAGGUGUCCUGAUUAGAGAGGUCAAAUAGAAGGGAAACAAACAAUUUGGGACCAAAAUAAGUGUCCUUAAUAGAGAGGUUGUCCUUAAUAGAGAGGUUGUCCUUAAUAGAGAGGUGUCUGCUAAGGGAGGUUCCACUGUCACUUGAAGUCAAAACCUAUUUUCGAUCAGGUGCACUUCCACUUGCCAAUAUUAAAGGUUACUCUGUCUCAUUAUGAAAUUUGAAAAUUGAAGUUGAAUUUGAAUUUGAAAAUGCCAAAUUACAGUGAAUUUGCGUAGAUGAUAAAUGCACUAUGGCAAUGUUCAGUUAUUUUUACCUGAGCCACGAGAAAAUACAAUGAAAAUGAACGUCGUGGCUCUUAAAGGGACACUAUAGGCAGCUGCUAGGUAGGCAAAAUAAAGUUACAAAGUGGGUCUUUCCUAUCUCACAGUAUAUCAAAACUAUUCAUGCUUGUAUAAUAGAUAUAUUUAGUGCUGAAUCUAACAUGACCCAGUGUCCUUACUGUGCAUAUUAGUCACCCGAAAAUGGCCAAUUUAACCCCACUGCUCCUGCCUAUAGUCCCCCUUUAAAAGUAAUGUGAUGCUAAAGUCUUGGACUCAGGAGUCUUUGGCUCUCCCAUCGAGCCCCCCUCGCCCAGUGAGAUGAAUUGGACUAUAGUAUUUCUUUUUAUAUAAGGUCUUUCUGAAGAAGGUGAUGUUUAACUCUUUCAGCCCGUAACUCGCUUUGCGCAGUUUGAUUUGAAAACCGAGGCGAAAUUUCUGAAAAUCAGACUUUCCAAAUCGGCAGACUAUUGCAUUACCAUCUGAUUAACUACCAAUCAAACCUUUAUUGAUUGAAAAGAUCAUCCACGCAUUGUCAUAUGUUUCCUGACAAGUGUUCCUACACCACAAGUGUAAGGCAAAGGCAUCAUGUGACAGUGCUGGAAAUUUGAAUUUGAAAAACCGUGAGUAUACGGUCUGCGGCUGAGAAAUCAAAUGUGGCAGACCGUGUAUAUACGGCUUGCGGGCUGAAAGAGUUAAAGUUGGUAAUCUUGCAGGGAUAAAGAAGUGUAAAUUGCUAAAUGAAUUGAUAUGAUUCUUAAAAAGAUGA